AUGAUCGCUAUCGCCUCCCAAGUACCGAUCUGGUGUCUCCCAGUCAUCCAAUCGAUAUUGAUUCACGUGAUAGUUGGCAUCACCGCAGCAUUCACAUCCUCUCGGUCACAACUGCGAUAUAUCACCCUCUUGGCAGCUGUAGCUCUUGCAUACCACCUACAAUGUCACGUUCAUGCAGCAUUUCCGAGCAUCAGAAUAGCAGGUCUUCUCUCCGCACUGUGCUGGGCGCAGAUAUUGAACGCAGCCGACAUUCUCUGCUUGAGUCGUGUUACCUACGCUCAACAGCUUGAAUGGGAACGAGCAACAACAGAUCAGAAACCCAAGGAGUCCCUAACACUCGGUAACUCGUGUUUCUCUUGGAGUAGGCUAGGUUGGGCCUUGGAUCUGUCAUUCAACCUUAGGAGAAUUGGCACUCCGUGGCAUAUCAAAAAUCUGCCUAACUUUGACAAAACUGAAGGCCACUGGACUUCUCGAUUGGGCUUCUUCCGAUACCGCAUUUUCGUUAUCUGCCUGGCCCUACUUACGCUGAGACUGCUUAACUACGGGGGAAAUCAAAAGGCUUUGGUUGACGUGAUGUCGGUAGAGAACCAAAGUCUCGUGCGUUUCACGGACGGCAUCUUUAUGCAAAAGUUAUUAUCCCAUGUCUCGCUCGUCGUGUCCUACUGGCUCAACAUGCGGGCCACUCAUCAACUGAUGUAUAAUUCCUGCGCCGUCAUUUCGGUAGCCUUGGGUAUACACGAAUCUACCUCAUGGCCACCGCUCGGGGGCUCCAUAAUGGAGGCAUGGACACUCCGACGAUUCUGGGGGUCCACGUGGCAUCAGCUCUUUCGAAAGCUGUUGGAUUCAAAUUCAACCUUUAUAAGCUGCUCGGUUCUGCGGAUUCCUGCUGGCACACUUUGGGCCCGUUAUUCCCGCCUGCUAUUGGCUUUUCUUUUAUCCGGUGUUGUUCAUGUCCUGAUGGAUCUGGCUCGAGGUAUUCCUGUCUUACAGGGCGGUAGCAUCCCAUUCUUCACCAUCCAUGCUGUGGGGAUCAUGGCAGAAGAUCUCGCGACCCAUAUCGGAGGUAUAACUUUUGGCGAAGGACGUGCGUGGUGGAAGCGCACGAUUGGGUACCUAUGGGUUGGACUUUUCAUUCUGAUCACAACGCCCAUGUGGUCUUUGCCCAUAUGCCGUGAACUAUAUCGGGUCGGAGAACGGGUUCCCUUUUUGUAUCUAUAA